UAUUUUCUCAAGGAAUUCUCAUUGAUUCCAUUUGAAAAGAUGAUUGUGGAUUGGCUUGUCAAAAGUCAAAAUCUCGAGGAAGAUCGAAAAAAAGCUUAUUUGCAUUUCGGCGAUCGAUCAAGCCUUCCAGAAAGUUCGAUAAAGGAGAAGAUAAAGGUUCUAUUGACCGAACUUUCGAGGCUUUUAUUCGAUUCUGCAUGUUUAAAGUCGAUCAAAUUUUCGUUCACCUCCGGAACCUUGUUCCUGCCAAAAAUCCAGACAUUUUCUAAAUUCGGCUUUAUAUCAGAUAAUGUCACUUCCUUAGAGCUGAGCACAACCUGUUUGGGCGCAUCUGAUUAUAUCAAGGAUUCAACGCUAGAACUAUUGGAAUCAUUGAAAAACUCCUUCACGAAACUUCAAAGUUUGGACAUAAGGUGCUUCAACGCUCAUGUUCCAGAAUAUUUGAACUUGAUAAAAGUUCAAAACAAACUUGAGAAACUGACCUUGCGAUAUUCUCGCAUAGUGAACCCUGUUCUCAAGACUUUGUCAGCGCUCGCCUCAACGACCUUAACCUGGCUAGGAUUUCAGACGUUACACCUUAAGAUCAAAUCUUUGGCGGUUCUCUCGAAUUGCAAAAAUUUGGAGACUCUUGCGUUCUACAACAUCAUGGAGUUUGAUUCGGAGCCUUCCAUCAUCGGCGAGAAUACGCCGAUUACACAAUCACUACCCGUCAAAAGAAUUUUCAUAUUCGACGACUUCUUCGACGCCAAGCCUGACUUCAAGCUGUUAUUUCAAAUGGCAAGGAGUUCUCUUAAAGAACUAACACUGGAGAUUUUAUACUCGAACCAAAUUCAAGAGGUUCUUUCUUCAAUAGUCGAGAAUUCCUUGGAUCUCAGAUACCUAGCGCUGCACGUCAAACAUUCGGACAUCGGAUUUGUGGAGUUCUACAAAUGGUUGAAGGCUUCAAAAUUAGAAUCAUUAAUUCUGAAAUCGAAAGAGAACAAUUUUGGUACUUUUGUCAAGGAACUGUGCACUUAUUUUCCCGAAACCUUGUCACACCUAGAUCUCGAAUUGAGCAUCACGCCGAUUCAAUUAUCGAAUUUUUUGAACAAGUGUAAUCACGUGAAUUUCAAGAGGAUCGGAUUGAAUGAUUGUAGAGGAAUCACGGACGAACACCUGCACAUUCUAAUGAAAUACGCGGAAUACUACGGUAGUUUGGAGAUCGUGGAAUAUGACCGAUGGCCGCUAAAGUAUCUGAGCACGUUCGGGAGACUUGACGUGUUGUUUGGAAGGGAG